GCCUCGCUUCCGGCCGUUGCUAGGCAACGCGCUGCCCGCUGCACUUCCGGGUUGCGAGGCGGCCCGCUUCCGGCGGCGCCAUGAGCACCAUGUUCGCCGACACCCUCCUCAUCGUCUUCAUCUCCGUCUGCACCGCGCUGCUGGCCGAGGGCAUAACUUGGGUGCUGGUGUACCGAACAGACAAAUACAAGAGAUUAAAGGCUGAAGUGGAAAAGCAGAGCAAAAAAUUGGAAAAGAAGAAGGAAACGAUAACUGAAUCAGCAGGCCGACAGCAGAAAAAGAAAAUAGAGAGACAAGAGGAGAAGCUGAAGAAUAACAACAGGGACUUGUCAAUGGUUCGGAUGAAAUCCAUGUUUGCCAUUGGCUUCUGCUUCACUGCCUUGAUGGGAAUGUUUAACUCCAUAUUUGAUGGCCGAGUGGUGGCAAAGCUUCCCUUUAUCCCCCUGUCAUACAUCCAGGGUUUGUCCCACCGCAACCUUCUGGGUGAGGAUUACACUGACUGCUCCUUCAUCUUCCUCUACAUUCUCUGCACAAUGUCCAUCAGACAGAACAUUCAGAAGAUGCUCGGCCUUGCUCCGUCCCGGGCUGCCACCAAGCAAGCAGGGGGCUUCCUUGGCCCACCGCCUCAGGCAGGGAAGUUUUCCUAAAGCACAGUUAGAGCCUUCACUGCAGGUCUGACAGCCGCACAAGUCUGCCCUGGGGAGGUAGAAGGAUGGGAUUCUGCACCAGGCUUCAUGUGUCGAAAACCAGCCUAUGCAGUAUCUGCCACAGCCUUGGAAACAUCUCGCGUUUGGAGUAUUCUACCAGCAGCUGUUUGCUCAUCAAACCAAGAAAGUUCUCAGAAGAUAACUUGACCUUUUGUUUCUGGUGUUUCUGAGAAAUAAACGGCAUGGGCAUGUUGA